AGCAACAAAGGCAUGGAGCACCUCUACAGCAUGAAGUGCAAGAACAAAGUGCCUCUUUACGACCUCCUGCUGGAGAUGCUGGAUGCCCACCGCCUGCACCGCCCUGUCAGAGCCCCCCAGUCCUUGUCCCAAGUCGACAGAGACUCCCCCUCUACCAGCAGUGGCGGUGGCGGCGGGGGCGGAGUUGCUCCCGCUUUUCGAGGCAGAAUCGAGAGUCCGAAUAGAGGCCCCAGCGUCCUUCAGUACGGAGGGUCGCGUUCUGACUGCACCCCGGCCCUUUAAGACU